AUGUUCCUAACUUGUGUCGAAUUCUGCACGUUCAGGUCUGUGAGCACUGAGCAAGCAGAAAGCAGGGAUGCGGUCAGAUUAAACCCUCCGUUGUUGCAGGUGGAACUUAAGGAUAUUCUCAUCCGCUAUAGCACGGAUGUGAUCGGCUCUGUGGCGUUCGGCAUCGAUUGCAACACGGUCAAGGGCGGCAACAACGACUUUCUCAACAUGUCGCGAAGGAUGUUCCGCCGCAACUUCGUAUUCCUUCUGCGCUUCUUCCUCAUCUCUAUUCACCCCGUGUUCGCCAAGCUGUUGCCCUUUAGGAAAAUUUUCAAAGAUAUGACUGAGUUCUUCCUAAGACUUAUGUCAGACACAGUCAAUUAUCGCGAGGAAAACAAAGUGGAGCGCAAUGACUUUGUCCAAAUCAUGAUGCAGCUUCGCGAGGAGGACCGAAACCGGAGUACACUGGACCGCGCUAGCCACGUCGAACUGAACAACGACACUAUGGCAGCGCAGGCUUUUCUUUUCUUCGUAGCCGGCCUUGACAAUGUCGCCAAUACUAUACGGGGUCCAGAAAUCGGAUUUGCACUCCACGAACUUGCUAUGAACCAUGCCUUGCAGCGGCGCGCAGCAGCUGAAGUACAAGAGAAGACUAAAAUGCACGGAGGUCUUACCUAUGAGGCUGUUAGGGAUAUGGAAUUGAUUGAGAGAAUAUUGAGGGAGUCGCUGCGGAAGUACCCGCCAGUGGGAAUCUUGACGCGCCAGCCCAGCGAGCCGAUUAAGGUAAGCUAGCUCUAUACAUACGAC